UUAACCUCUUCAACACAACAUAUCCGUAACUAAUAUCUUUUGAUAAAUUCUAAUGUCGUUGUUAAUGUUCUGAAUAAUUAACACUAUUUCAAUUGGUCAAGAGCACAAAAAAUAGUUGGAACUACUGAAAAAAAUUAGACACCAAAUGACAUCUUUAGUUCAAUAUGUCCUGAUUCGUGGUGAUCUGGCUAGAUCUUUAAAGUGGCCCUCCGGAGCGGUAAUAGCUCAAGCCUGUCAUGCUUGUGUGGCAGUCACUCAUACUUAUUAUUCCGAUCCGGAUACACAAGCCUACCUUCGAGAUCUUGGAAAUAUGCACAAAGUCGUAUUAGAAGUACCCGAUGAACCAGCGUUGUUGAGUGUUGUCGAAGCUUUAAAUCAAGAUGAGGUGCCUCACGUCGUGUGGAAGGAGCAGCCUGAAAAUAUAGCUACAUGUGUCGCUAUCAAACCCAGCGUUAAGGGUGCAGUUAGCAAAUAUGUUAAAAAAUUCAAGCUGUAUGGAGUAUGAGGUCGAUAUGUAAAAGAAAGUGAAAGAGACAAAGAUGUGGAAAAUGUAGUUUUAAAGCGAUCUACGAUCAUGUCAAUGACGAAGAUCAACGAUCACUGUCAAUUGAUAUUAAUAAUUUAAUUGAUAAAGUGAUAGAAUUUAAUAAUAAUAAACUACAACAAUGACUCCUACAA